AACGCAGAGUAUUUUUUGGAUUGAACCCACAAUUUUGGUCCUGUGUCCCGUCCGAUCAAGAGCAGGUAACGGCCGCCCAGCAUUCAACCAGUGUCGCGUUUCGGCAAAGUUCGCGUCAAUUGAUCCGGGAGGCCCGCGAUAACGAUUGCCGUACAGCUGCUGCCUGGUAGGCGCUUUCGUUUUUCGGACACAGUCCCCGACCGAUUCGGAUUUGGUUUCAGUGAAAGAAUAGCUGUGUUUUGUGUGUCGGUGCCGCACACACUGGAUUUCGGUGUGCCACACGUAAAUUGUGCUGCGACGGUGUAGAAGAAAAAAAAAUUUUAAACAAAAUUGUGAUAUCAUCGACUUUGACAGCUGACGGAGUGAACACGAACGACACAAAGAAGCUCGUGGCCCCUCAGCAUUUUGUGACAGUGUCGUUCAAACUCCCGAUCAAUUCAAGCACCUUCACAUAAGUGCGUCCCGCAUCAGCGGCGUCGGUGUUCGUGUCGUCGUCGUUCGUCACGAAGGAAGCGCUAUGGAGCGUGAGUCGAAUCAGAUGCAGGCGCUGUGCAGAUCAGGCUGCGGCUUCUACGGCAGUCCGGCCACCGAUGGACUCUGUUCACUAUGUUACAAGGAGGCACUCAAGAAGAAACAACAAUUACCCACCACCCCUACAAGUCUAAGCGCACUUAGAGACACAGCAACUGCCCACCCCACCAUUAGCCGCCUUCCAUCCUCUAACGUCACCGAUCUUCCCAAUGAGGCCUCCGAGGAAUGUCCCGCCCCCGUUCAGGCAGCGCAGUCCUCGAAUAGUACGGAAGAGGUGGCAGCGGCGGCGGCCGCAGCAGCAGCGGAACCAGACGCUGGCGCCGAGGACAAGGAUUCCGACAAGGAUGCCAAAAAGAAAAAGAACCGCUGUGCUACCUGCCGCAAGAAGGUCGGACUGACAGGAUUUGAGUGCCGUUGCGGAGGGCUCUUUUGCGCAGUACAUCGGUACAGCGACAAACACGACUGUAGCUUCAAUUAUCGGGAGAUGGGUGCUCAGGAGAUCAGGCGUAACAAUCCCGUGGUGGUCGGAGAGAAGAUUCAGAAGAUAUGAACCCCGCCACUCGAGUGCCAUUCAAGCACCUGCCUGCAAGUGAUGUGUGGACACUUAAUUUUUGCUGGGUGCUAAUCUAGUGUAAAAGACAAGUGAUUUAUUUUUCCCAUCGCCUAUUUGGUUUGUACCAAACGGCACAUAUACUUUACUAUUGAAAUUGCCCACUCAAAUUAUUUAGUUUUACUUUCAAUUAAUAAAUAAAAUUAUAGGUAUAUGUCAUUUUAGCUUUUCAUUUUGUUGAUGUGUAUAUAGUCAAUUAACUAUGAGUUACAGUAAGCUGGUCUAUUCUCUGCUUCUCGCAGUACUACUAUCAACUAGACAAAUUAUUAUUCAACGAAUGUGCGAAACAUGCUGACAUUGCUUUACAGACAUUUCUUUGAAGAUUUUUUUGUUCAUACCAUACCGUGGUUUGCUCAUCGUUGGAUAGUAAAUUUUAUGGAAACAGGUUAAAUUAGUUCUUUUUUUUUUGAUUUUUUGAGCAAUUUAUUAUACAUAUUGUGCAAAUAUAUAUAGUGAUAUAAUAUGGACUUUAUACUGGGAAGGAAAAGUGGAGUUCUUGAUGUUUUGUUUUAAAUGUUGCCAACACAAAGGAAGAGUAACAACAUUAGUGUCGUCAUGUAAGUGCGUAGGAUUGAAAAAAUCGGGAGUGUUGAUUUUGUGCAUUAGAUUAAGCGUGUUCAACUUGCCAAGGGGAAGAAAGUUGGCUUUGUUCAAUAUUUACACCAAUUGGUUGUCAUGUGAUUGUAUUAUUUUGGCCUUUGUUUCUUCCGUUUGACAAUGUGUUAACACUGUAACUACAAAAAAAAACACUUGCUUAUACUUGUAAAUUUGUUUUUGAUUUCACUACAAUUUUAACAGUUUGUUAUUGAGCUUUUCAAUGUUAUUAGAAUUUGAAAUUAUCUUUCCAUAAAUAUACUAUGUAGAUACAAUUCCACAAAUAUAUUCAUCAUAUACUGUAUGGUCUAAAAAAUGUUCAUCUGAAAUCGUCUUUUAAGUUUUAUUUUCGAGAUUUGUACAUAUUUUUCUUUCAAUGUUAAAAGGGACACUAGUUCAUUUAUUGUUAUAUAUUGUUGGAAUUCAGAUGAUAAACAAAUUUUCUUGCGGUUUUUGUCACGUAUUAAUCUAAUUGUUGGUUGCAUUUAACUCUGCUUUGUUUUAAUUUACAUUUAUUCUGACACCAAAUAAGAACUAUAUUUUAUAUAGAACAUAAUAUCAGACUAAAACUGUUCAGGUAACGUUGUUUUUAUUGUAUAUAUUAUUUUUUGAAGCCUCAAGUAAAUAAUUUAACAAACAAUUGACUUGCUAAAGUUUGUAUCUUAUUGUAUAAAAUAUGAACAGAAUUAAAAAACUUUGGAACAUUAUUGUAUAGAAAUUAGUUUACGCAUUUGUUUGUUACAUAAUUUACUAUAAAUUGUAAAUAUAUUAAAAUAAUUGUAAAUUAAACUAAAACAGAAGUAGUCUGCAACUGACUGUUGUCUUCAGUGAUGGACUAAUUGUUAGACAUGUGGUUUGUAUUUAAUCAGAUGGUUAGUUGUACACUCACUACCACCAAUUGACUUGUAAAUAGUUGGAACUCAAAAAGAUUGAAAGAAACCUAUCAUCUACAUAGACUUGAACUUUGUGUUUAUUUUUCUAAAUAAAUUAACUAUCAGUUGAUCAGAUACAAACUGUUUACAUAUUAUUAUAAUUAUUACUUAUAAGUAACGCCAUGUGUGUGGCAAUGUCUAAUAAAUCUAUUAUGAGAAUAAA